AUGUUUCUCCAUAAUGUUGGAAUUAUUUUUUUCGUGUUGAACUACGUUACAGUACAUUGUAAACCAAAAAAUGUUUUGGUUCUUCUUGGUGAUGAUGUAGGAUUUGAAAGUCAAAUUUAUGAUAAUAAAAUCUGCAAAACACCCAAUUUGAAUAAAUUGGCAUCUAGAAGUGUGGUGUUUAAUCAAGCCUAUACAUCAGUUAGUAGUUGUUCUCCUAGCAGGUCAGCCAUCUUGACUGGUUUACCUCAACAUCAGAAUGGAAUGUACGGUCUGCAUCAUAGUGUUCAUCAUUUUAAUAGUUUUGAUGAUGUUCGUAGUUUACCUUAUUUACUUCAAAAAGCUGGUAUUAGAACAGGUAUUAUUGGUAAGAAACAUGUUGGACCAGAAUAUGUUUACCCUUUUGAGUUUUCACAAACAGAAGAAAACCACAGCAUCUUACAGAUUGGUAGAAAUAUAACUUAUAUGAGACAUUAUCUUCAUAAAUUUCUUCACAAUAAUGAUUCCAGGCCUUUCUUAAUGUAUAUUGGAUUCCAUGAUCCACAUCGUUGUGGUCAUGUACAUCCUGAAUUUGGAUCAUUUUGUGAGAAGUUUGGUAAUGGUGAACCUGGUAUGGGUGUAAUACCAGAUUGGAAGCCAGUAUCAUAUAAUACUGAUGAUAUACUGGUACCAUAUUUUAUACAGAAUACUGAAAUAGCUAAACAAGAUAUUGCUGCUCAAUACACUACUAUUAGUCGUUUAGAUCAAGGAAUAGGAUUAAUGAUAAAAGAAUUAGAAUUAGCUGGUGUAUUAGAUGAUACAUUGAUUAUAUAUUCCUCUGAUAAUGGUAUUCCCUUUCCUAAUGGUCGAACUAAUUUAUAUGAUGCUGGUAUGGCCGAACCUAUGUUAAUAUCUUCACCAUCUGAUACACAUAGAUGGGGACAGAAAAGUGAAGCUAUGGUGAAUUUAGUUGAUAUUGUUCCAACAGUUUUAGAAUGGUUUGGACUGGAUUAUCCAACAUAUAAACUUAAUAAACAGAUAGUUAAACUGACAGGAAAAUCUUUACUACCAAUAUUACAUGAAGAACCUACUAGUGGGUGGAAUAGUGUGUAUGCCAGCCAUGAUUUACAUGAAGUAACUAUGUAUUAUCCUAUGAGAGUGUUACGUAAAAGACAAUAUAAACUCAUACAUAAUAUUAACUAUAAGAUGCCUUUUCCAAUAGAUCAAGAUUUCUAUUUAUCUCCUACAUUCCAAGAUUUAUUAAAUAGAACUAGACAUAAAAAGAAUCUCAACUGGACUAAAAGUUUAAAAUCCUAUUACUACAGACCACAAUGGGAACUGUAUAACAUUAUAAAUGAUCCUCAAGAAUUGAAGAAUCUAGCCUAUAACAAACAAUUUAUUGAUGUAUUGAGAAGUUUAAAGGUAGAACUUAAUCAGUGGCAGAAUAUUACUAAUGAUCCAUGGAUAUGUGCCCCAGGUGGUGUUCUAGAAGCUUCAGGAACCUAUAAAUACACUCCAUCAUGUCUUCCUCUAGACAAUGAUACAGAGGAACAAUAUGAUGAAUCUGAAUAUACUAUCAGUGUGGUGUGA